CCUACGAGCUCGCGUCAUCGCUUCCCUAAUGCGCCUGCGCAGUAACUACCUUCGGACUCCACUCCGUUGCCAUGGCGGCCGGCCUGACCGCGGUGUUCGGGAACCAAGGCCCGGUGCCUCCGCCUCCGCCCCCUCCCGUGGCUCCCGGUGGACCAGGGCCAACUGGGCUCCUCCCCCCGAACCCUGCGGGCCCGCGAAAUCCCAACAGCACCCUCGUAGACGAGCUGGAGGCGUCCUUUGAGGCUUGCUUUGCUUCCCUUGUGAGUCAAGAUUAUGUGAAUGGUACGGACCAGGAAGAAAUUAGAACUGGUGUUGACCAGUGUAUACAGAAAUUUUUAGAUGUUGCACGACAAACAGAAUGCUUUUUCUUACAAAAAAGGUUGCAGCUAUCUGUCCAGAAACCAGAGCAAGUAAUUAAAGAGGAUGUUUCAGAACUGAGAAAUGAACUGCAGAGGAAAGAAGCACUAAUUCAGAAGCACUUGGGUAAACUGCGACAUUGGCAACAGGUUCUGGAAGACAUCAAUGUACAGCACAAAAAACCUGCUGAAAUGCCUCAAGGAUCUUUAGCAUAUCUAGAGCAGGCGUCAGCUAAUAUUCCUGCACCUCUUAAGCAAACGUGAACAAGAAGCACCAUUCAAACACUGGAAUAACCUGUUAGACCAAGCAGUGUGGAACUUUAUCAUCUGUGUGAUGCAAUGUCAUAUGGAUUUUGUUAAGUUAUGACAAGAAGCAUAAAAUAUAAAAAGAUAAAGCAAUUUGCCCUUGGAGGCAUCAGAGUGGGAGCUUGGCUUAGGUUUCUCUAUUUUUAUUAAUCAUCUGACCCAACAGAUUACACAUAGUACAGACUGAAAGCAAACUUAACUCUCAGAUGUUAAAAUGCUUUCUGGUGAAGAAGCAACAACUAUCUGUGCUUCUAAAAUAUUACAUGGGCUUACCUGCUGUAGUACUGAAUAAGUGGAAUUUUUAAAAAGCCCUCACACGUAGUUCCAUGUGCUCAAGAGAUGGUGAUUGAUGUGUGGAACAAAAUAUUGGCUGAAAUUCAAAGAGCUACUUCAGGCACACACUUCAGAGCUUGUGUGAUUAGUUGGAUUCUUGCCCUUUGCAUAGUAGCCCAACAUGUUUCCUGGUAAAUUCCUUUUUAAAUCGAAUUUGUGCUUAGGCAGGAAGGGAAUGCCGUGCAAAGAGAGCAAAUUCAAUGAGCCUUUUGAUGUGCUAAAAUAGCCCUUUGCUAUCUCUGCUAUUUUGUUUCAAUGAUGGUCCCAAUGAGCUUACCGGUACUACCUCUUUUCAUUGUAUAAGACAUUGAACAAAGAGCUCUAUAGCAUAUGUUUUUUAUUUUCCUUCUGCCUAAGGGGAGCAUCAGAGUGGCGCUAAAUUUGUUUUGCAACGUCAGUCUCUUAGUUCAUAAUUCCUAACAUCUCAGCUUCCUACAUAUUUUUCUUUUGUGUCUCAAGCAAUGUCCUUUUAUUUUGUCCCUGGAAACAUGUUACUUUUAAUUAUCUUUUCAAAAUAGCUUCAGCAUGGCUGUUCAAAGUUUUUGUUAUGUAAUUAAAGAACAGAAAAUGCCCAUGAGAAAUAUGUAGCUGAGCUGAAUUCCUUUAAUUUGAGGGAUCUACCUGCAAUCAAGAACUACUGUCUGAAGUGUGAAUCAACAAACUGGUAAUAAAUCAUGCAUGAACAAA